UGGAAUACAAAAAGAUGCUUCCACCUUCAUCACCUGAUACCCUUGAGCAAACUUCGUGGCAGAAACACACUGCAAGUUAAUACUGAGGAAAAUUAGCAACACCUUAAUCUUCAUUCAGUUCAAAUGGGCAGGUCCCUGGUUUUCUCCCCAAACGUUCCUCUGAGAAUAUCUCAAAUACCCAGAUCAAUUUUACCGCCCAAUCGACCUAACCACUCACUUUUACUGAACUCAAAGCAAAAAUUGCAAUAUGGGUUUCAAAGAUUUGGACUUUCAAUUGCCAAACCGGCGAGAAGUCUCUGCACAAAGGCUGUGUUGUCUGAAAUUCCGAACCAGGAGCUGUAUGUGAAAGUUGGCGCCAAUUCAACUGGACCAAUUCCAAUUGGUCAGCUCGUUGGAGUGGUAGAGAAGGCUGCUAAGACUGGCGCUGAGGUUGUGAUGGAGGCUGUUAAUAAGCCUCGAAAUAUUACCUAUAAAGGAUUAACAGACUUAGUCACUGAGACAGAUAAAAAGAGUGAAGCAGCAAUUUUAGAAGUUGUGAGAAAGAACUUCAAAGAUCACCUUAUUCUUGGAGAGGAGGGUGGAAUAACUGGAGAUACAUCAUCUGAUUAUAUGUGGUGCAUUGAUCCUUUAGACGGAACAACAAAUUUUGCACAUGGUUAUCCGAGUUUUGCAGUUUCUGUGGGAGUUCUAUUUCGAGGAAAACCUGCCGCUGCUGCCGUGGUAGAGUUCGUUGGGGGGCCUAUGUGUUGGAAUACUCGCAUUUUUUCUGCUAGUGCUGGUGGGGGAGCAUUUUGUAAUGGCCAAAAAAUUCACGUGAGCCAAACAGAUGAGGUGGGACGAUCACUUCUUGUUACUGGAUUUGGUUAUGAACAUGAUGAUGCAUGGAUCACCAACAUAGAGUUAUUUAAAGAGUUUACCGACAUCAGCAGGGGUGUUAGAAGGCUCGGUGCAGCUGCAGUAGACAUGUGCCAUGUAGCUCUUGGGAUUGUAGAAGCAUACUGGGAAUAUCGACUAAAGCCAUGGGAUAUGGCAGCUGGUGUUUUGAUAGUUGAAGAGGCCGGAGGAAAGGUUACGUGCAUGGAUGGUGGAAAAUUUUCUGUAUUUGAUAGAUCUGUCUUGGUAUCCAAUGGUGUGCUGCAUGGCAAGCUUUUGGAGAGGAUUGCACCUGCAACAGAGAAAUUGAAGGGCAAAGGAAUCGAUUUCUCAUUGUGGUACAAGCCGGAAGAUUACACAACAGACGUUUGAUGCACCUGUCAGUUCGUUUUUCUUUGUUUUUGCCAGUCGUGCUGAGAACUUACCUUCAACAGGAAGGUGGUCUCUCAUUGUUUCAUUAGGGACGUUCACUGUAAAUUACAUGUCAAGCGCAAAUGAUAUAUAGACAAGUAGCCGGAAUGGGUUUUAAUUGUUCUAAUUCAGAAAUAAUCGUCGUUAAUGAUCAUGGACCAUCUUUGUCGUCGAUCCUAUGUGAAAUCAUUUUACUCGCUUUACUGAAGAAGUAAGAAAGAAAAAUGUGAAGUUUGGGGAGUUGUUAAGAGUG